AUGGCAGCUGCCUCUCGCCUCUCCGUACCUCCGAGUCUUUUCUCUUCUGCUCUCGCUGAAGCUUCUUCCUUCGCCUCGCCUCCUCCUUCUCCUCCUUCUCCUCCCUCCUAUUCUUCUGCGUCCUGCUCGGACUGUGUCUUCUCGCCUCCUCCUCUAUUCACCCCAGAGUUUCUGCCGCCGUGGUUCGACAAGAACCUCCGGGAGGCCGCGCUGGCGGCUCUGCCCUGCUGUCGCGCCUGCUGCUCCUGCUCGACGGCGUCGCUGCGGCCGGUGGAAAAAGGGUCUCCGUCAGCUGGGGAAGUAUCUCCUUCCUGCGCCGCCUCCCGCCUUUCCCCGGCGUCGUCCGGUAGUUUCUCGUCUCUUGUCUUCCCCUCCGCUUCCUUCUCAAGAGAGCAGGAGCCAGCCAGCCCAAGUCAGGCGGAAGACCUCGAGGAGCACGGAGAAGAAGGAGAAGGAGAAGGAGAGAAAGAGGACGAAGAGAAAGAGGACGAAGAGGCGCGUGACGAAGGCCGGCGCGUAGCCUCUGUCUCCGGAUGCGAAGAAGAGCAGGGAGAUUUCGGCAACGAGGAAGCCUACAGAGAGAAGUCAAGGAAGCGAAAGGCUCGCACAUCGGGACUCACGCCUUUUCUCCGCCGCAUGCGCCUCUCGGCGGACUUGGCUUCUUCUCCCCUCGCCCGAGCAGAGACUUCCGAACUCGAGGUUCCCCCGUCGAAAGGCCCUUUUGUCCUCGGAGAAGCGGCGCUUCUCUCCGACAGCGAGGCGACUCUGGGCGUCAACCCAAGGCGACCGCAUGCCCGUCGAUCUUUGCCUGCUUCGUCUUUCAUCGCUUCUCAGCAACGCCUUGCGUUUCCGCGAGGGACUGUGAGGGGCGACACUCUGACGCUCAAACCGGCCUGCACCAGCGAAGAGAGAGACAUUCCCCUCGGCACUCUGGCAAAGCCGCGUCGCCUCUCACAACCGGAGCAUCACCUCACUCCUUCCGCCUCUUCUCCUUGUUCUUCUCUGCGUCGUUCCUCUGCUCCUUCUUGGCCUUCUCUCUCUUCUGCGAGUAGCUGUUCUCGUGCGUCUUCUCUGCGUUUCUCUCCGUCUGCUCCAGGCGUUUCGAGCCUGCCGCGUUCCGAGCCAGACCGCGCAGGAAGAGCCGGAACGCCCGUGGGUGAGAGGGGAUACUCGCGAGAGAGAGCGCUGAAGCGCGGAGACAGAGGCCCAGGCAGAGAGUUUGUACGCGGCUCCGAGGGAGCGGCGAAGUUUGGGACCUGCGCCUGCGGCUGUCUCGGGUGCUUGUCUUUCUCGAAGGGAAGACAUGCAUCCAGUCGAGUCUCUCUUGCGCCUUGCUGCGCUCCUUCGCAAACCGUGAAUCCUGAAGCCGGUGCCAGCCGCGACCUCUCAGCCAAGGCGCCUGGGCCUUCUGGCCCGCGCCCGACCGUCUGUAGAGUCCCCACCGCGCAGGGAGUUGCCGGAGCUGCCGCGGCUCUCCAGCGUCGAGCCUCUUCGCUCAGCACUGGCGCCUGUGCGGAGUUGCAGACAGAGGCUGCUCUGCUGCAGUCUCCGUCGUCUGGAGCAAGGAAAGAAGAAAGCGAACAAGGAGGGGAGGCAGCCGACAGAGACGACGCGGAACGGACUGAAGCAGAACGGACUGAAGCAGAACGGACUGAAGAAGCGAGGAGAAGGGCAGGAGCCGAAGAGCCAGGAAAAAGAGAGGCGAAGACGGGGACGGGGAGCGCGUUUGAGGCUCGGGCUCUUUGCAUGCAUCAAAGAAGCGCACUGGAAACGCAGAUCCACUCUCUCCAGAGACUCAUUUGGGAGUUCGCCUUCGACCCGCGGGACUGGCCGCGCCUGCGGCAGGUCGACCGAGCGGGACGGUCCUUCGCAGAAACAGCGUCCAGAGCAUCUCUUCGCCUCCUUCGGCACUGUCCUGCUCCGACAGCCUCGCCAGGUGUUUCUCGCGCUUUCUCGCGCCUCGGACAUCUGCUUCCCGACCUGCUCCUCGACUGCACUAUGAGCGACUUCCUCGAUCCUUCUUCCUCUGCGCCUGUCUCGCUUUCUGCCUCUGGAGACACCCACCCCGCAAGGCUCCUCGCCGUCUCGCCCCCGCUGUCUCCUUCGCUUGCCGGCUCCCGCGGCCCUGAAGGGGCCUUCGGAGCGAGCUGCGACUCCGCCCGGAAAGCUCGCGACCCUGGGUCUCACUGCCGGCAGGCUGAGGCCCCCUGUCUCCAAAACCUGUCUCCUCUCGAGAGCGGCUGUGGGGAGUGGUCCGUCUGGCUCUUUGACAGCCAGGCGCAGCCGCCGCUGCGGCGCCUGCCCGCGGGCGCCGCCGCGGCGCUUGGAGCCCGAAGCGCGGGGGGACUUGCGCAGGCGCUCGCCGGCGCCGCGGAGACCCUCGAGGUCUGUGGGGAGUGGGUCGACUACGCGGAGGGCACAAUUCUUCUGUGGGGCAGGCGAGAAGGAGCGGAGGCGCCGACAGGGAGCCAGUUCCCUGUCGCAGAGCCCGAGGGUCGAACGAAGACAUCAUUGGAGACGGAGACGCGAGAGGAGAGUGACCUGUCGCGGAGCUCGAAAGAGAAGACGGGAACCUCUGAGCGGUUUCUACCUCCUCCAGCUUCCCCUACAUCUCUGGAGGUCGCGUCGACUGGUCAAGACAUGAGCGCAGUUCCUUCGUCUUCUGCCUCGGCCUUCAGUUCCUCUGCAGACUCUUCAUUGUCUUCCGAUCUCUUCCGAGAGGCACAGACUUUCUUUCAGGCGCGAUACCGCCAGCUGCUGGUGGACGCGCUGCACAAGCAGACGCUGUUGGGCAGGGAGAGGAAGUCGGCGAGAAACUCGCUGCCCGGUCGGUUUUUCGAGGCCGCGAUAGCAGAGGUCCUGGCCGCCUCGCCGUCGUCUCCUCACCACGCAGGGCGCUCGCGCGUCUCGCCCCUCUCUCCUGCCCAGUCGCUCGCCUCCGCGACGCAGGCGACCCGAAGUCUCCAGGCGUUCCAGACGCAGACGAUUCCUUUCCUUUCCGAUCAAACGAAUACGUUUCUGUUCGAUAUCGUCUGGGCUCGUCCGCGCUCCGGCGACCGAGGGAUCUGGGGCGACUUCCGGCCUGCGGGUCUCGGGGCUGAGAGCUUCGGCUUUUUCGGAUCACCACUGCCUUCCGAGGGGCUGCGCGGUGGUCGAGAAAGCAACGCAGAUUGGCCCUCUGCGUUCUCUGCUCACGCGGGGAGCAUCCUGCAGGAGCCGAGUGGAUGGAAACGCCCUUCGUCUGCCGCAGGACCUCGACUUGCGAACUGCCCAGUCUCGCCAUCUUCGUUUGCUGUCUCCGCGUCUCGUGCGCCUGCCGCUUCUCUGGAGUCGCGGCCUCCGCUGGCUUCUGCUGGCCCUCGCUGGAACAAUCCGGGCACCGCCCCGAGGGUGGGGGGCGGCCUGAUCGUCGUUUACCGGCGCUUCGCCGACUGGGUAGAAGCUCUGUGCCACAGGCGCUUGUGGGGGUUUCUCUUCGUUGCCUUUUCGCGGGGACUCGAGGCCGCGCAUGCGUUUGUUGAUCUAUACGACUCCACAGGCCGGCCCCCGUCCUGGGAGGGCUACCUCUCAGGCCCCCCCUCCACCUCACGUUGGAGACCUUGUUCCCACGGCUCCUGCGCCCUCUCUGCGCCGCGCGAACUGCCUCCUCUUCUUCUCGCCGACCCCGCUUCUUCUCUCUCUGCGCCUGAGCGCUUUGGGCUGAGUCCCCGCUGCUGGCGCCUUUCCGAAAGUGUGGGGUCGCGCGGAGACAGCGCACUCGCUCCCGUCUGGCGUGGGCGCCCGCUGCUGCAGCUGCGAGGAGACAGUGCAGCUCCCGGGGCCUUGCGAGGCGUCCUCUUCGAACGCAUAUGGGCGGCAAGCUUCUUGUGUCACCUGCGGCGACGGGGGGACUCUCAGCAGGGCUCGUGGAUUCCAAGCGGCUCUGUUCUUCUCUCUUCUUCGCCGGCGCAUUCCGCCGGUCCUCGGAAUACUCGAACGUCUCGAGUUGCGCGCCUUGGCCUGGAAGUCGGGCCUGCGAAAGGCGAGAGAGAGAGCAGAGGAAGCAGACAGGACGAAGGGAGCGACGUCCGUGGGCGCUUUUUUCGAGGCAGACAAACCGGAGACUCUCGCAUCCACAUGGGGGUCUACGAGGGUCACGAUGGCAACGAGUUCGGCGAAGAGAGAGAACAAGAUGCAUGCGAUUUUUCCGCAUCUCCUCGCUCGGAAGGCGGAUCUCUGUGGGUCCGGCUGCCUCCGGAGCACCUCUCGCUUUCCCCCCGGGCACCCCCAGCGCCGCGCCUCUUCUCUGCGUUCCAAAAGGCGAUGGAAGCCAGGAAAAGCGAGGGCGCCUCUGGACCCCGUCCGUCGCGGCCGAGCCUCCUCGAUCUGGAGGAGACAGCUGAGGAAGUGACCCGCGAUUUGUGUUUGGAUCUGAGAAGAACCGGGCGUUUCCGCGUCUCCAGCCAGUCUCCUGCGCGCUUCCAGUCCCCCCGCGUGGAGCAACAGCAGGAGCAUGCGUCGGUCCACGGAGGCGCCGCGGCGCCGGCCCGAGGGCCCCACACCGGUCUGUCCCCACCUCGAGCCGGCCGAGUCUCUUUUCUGUUCUCUCCGUCGGAGCCUGCGCCCUGGCGCCUCUCGGGCCGGACGCGUCUCACUCUCCCUAGGGACGACCAGGACAGUCUCCUCCCGGUCUCUCCGUCUGUCUGCUUCUCUGCCGACGACCAGGCAGACGACGAGUCAGACGACAGAGGUCCCGACUCGGACCGGUCUGCGGCCUCCGGGCGGCUCCUCCUGGCGGCACCUGGCCAGCCUCGCGCCGGCAAGCGGAUGCAGACCCCACCCUCGCCGCAGGAGGGGCGCCGGUCUGGCCAGCUCGCUGUCUCCUACCCCAGUCGGGCGCGGCAGUCCAGCGGGGGCUUCUCCGCUCAGUUUCGCCUCGCGCCUCGGCGACGCGACGACCGCCGCGGCUCCCAGGGCCCCAGAGCGCGACGGUCGUCGGACCCUGUUUUCCUCUCGUUCUUCUCGCCCUCGCCAGCCGGAGCCCCCAGCGGAGACGAGGAGACAGAGGACGCAGGCGAGCCUGGCGCCGAUGGGACUGGGCUGCGGCUCUCCCUCUCGGCGCCCCCGCGCCGCAGAAGUACAAGCAGCGGGUGGCGGCUGGGGCGCGAAGUGGAGACAGGCGGUCCGGGGGCGCGGGGCGAACGGAGACUGCGCCGCGCGGGCCUGCAGUUCAGCAUGCAGUUCAGCACGCCUGCAGCGCUCCAUCCGAUGCAUGCGCGGGUCGCAGGCCCAGGGGCCUGGAGGCGCAGGGCGGCAGGUCCUCGCCUGAGCGGUGGUGUCUCCCUCUGCACUCACCGGGAAGCCUGGGAGGCCGCUUGCGAGCAGGCAAGAGAGCCCACGGGCCUGGCAGAGGAGAGAGAGAGACACGUAGGAAGAAAAGAACGAGAAACAGGUUCGGCUGGACAGCACUCGGCGAAGGAUACUAAAGUCCUGUCAGGCGUAGAGACGACUCUGCCUGCCUCUUGGGGCGCUGCCAAAGAGCCCUGCCCCACAACGACCACCGCUUCUUCUUCAUUCUCUUCGGAGUUCUCCUCGCCGUCCAUUUCUUCGGCUGCAGUUCGAUCUGCAGGGCCUUCCUCGCUUCUGCCCUGUCUCUCGCCGGCCCUCGUCGCCGCGCCGGCCCCUCUAGCCCUCGGCGCUCUGUCUCCGUUCGCGAGUCGCGAGGAGACAGAAACAGAGGCUCCGGCGCGACGCGUGCAGAGUGCGAGCCUCUCCGCGUCUCCCUUCGAGUGUCUCUCCCCGUGGGGAGUGCGAGAAGAAGGCGCGAGCGAAGACGACGGAGUGAGACCGAAACGCGGCCGCAGAAACAGCGGCCUCUCACCGCUCCUGCAGCGCCUCAGCCUCCAUGGCGAACCACCCACCGAGGCCGAGGCCCGGCGAGCGGCCGCGAAAGCGGCUCGCGAGGAUGAAGAGCGAGAAGGAAAGCGCGAAGAGGGCCAGGAGACUCGCAGGUCUCCCCAGACGCGCCACAGCAGCCCGGGUGCCUUGAGCCCUCGCAACGGCCGCCCUUCAGAUGGAGAAACCGGAAGGGACCUGGCGACAGAGGCGACCGCUUUUGGCUCCUCUCGUGCCUCUCUCGAGCAGACGCUCGCUUGUUGUCCCUGCACAGUCUCCUCCUUGGCUGCGCCUCGUUCUUCUGCGGUCGCUCUGUCGCAUGAAACCAAACCAGGAGGGACCGGAGACCCCCCACGGGCUAACACGCCCCCGGAAGGAGCCGCGCGUCCUUCCAGGCAAGCUGAAGAGGCUGCGUCUCUCUCGUCGCUGUCUCCAACCUCCGGUAGAUCUUCGUCGUCUUGUGUCUCCUCGUCGUCUCCUUUCUCUCUGAAGCGCUCAGGGGGGCACCGAAAGGCGUCGCUUGCCGCGUCGCCUGUCUCCUCAUCUCGCGCGUCUCGCCGCCCAUGCAACGGCUCGAGACACGGCGCGUGCGCGUCCUUGCUGGGCGACGCAGACCUUGGUUCUGCUGCCGUCUCUGCUGCUGGAAAUCCCCCCGGCUCGGCUUCCACCUCGACGUCGAGCCACCAGACAGGCUGCGGGCAUCGCGCGGUCUCUCAGAGUCACCGAAAGCGAAAGGCAGAGACACCCGAGGGAAGGGAGCAGGGAAGCGGAGACAGUGAAGGCGGCGCCAGGGAGGCGAAGCAGGUGCGAAAGGCCUCGACCAGCAACCUGAGGAUGCCCACCGGACGCGCAAAGGCGCGACUUGGCCCCAGGUCUGUCAGCCGCCGUCGAGCUGAGCUCGAGCGCCACCAGAGGCAGAAGAAGGAGAAAGUAGACUCCGAAGAAUAGGAGACAAUGGAUGUAGUUGGAGACGGCGAACCGUCGCCCGCGUUUGACCAUACGAGGACAGCUGCGUC